AUGGGCGACCAGUUGCUCAAAGAUCGGCAGGAUGCCCCGAUCUGGAACGCCAUUGAGGCCAAUAACUUCAAGCAAGCACUAAAGUUGGUAGAUAAGCGGCUUGCAAAGAAGCAUACCGAGUAUCUUGAGGCCCUCAAAGUCUUCAUACGAUCUCGAUCACCUUUGGCUUCUGAGAAAGCUGCAGUUCUGCUUCAUUUGGAGGGGCUGGCGGAGAGAAAAUUUGUGCUUAAGGAUCAAGAGUCGAUUGAGCUGUAUGAUGAGGCCCUUGGGGAGGUUAUGCCUCAGCAGCAAGAGGGCUGGGGAAGGAUUAUUGGUGAGCUGCGGUGGCAGUGUGUGAAGGCACGGCCUAAAGAUGAAGAUCUCAGCUUGAAGUCUUUUGAGGCAUGUCUUGGGAAGGGUGAUUUGGAACAUGCAAAGCAGAUUUCCAAUAGCCUGGAGAAAAGCUUCCCUAGCAGCCAUGCAUAUCCUUUCUGGAAUAUUGCCGCCAUGUUCCUUUACUCAAUCUCCGCAAGUUACCCAGAAAAUCAACGGAAACUAUGGGGCUCAUUGGCUUUUGCCCAAAUUGGAAAGCUUGCCCUUGCGACUAAAGAUGCUGCGGAUCCUAGGAAAUUACCUCUUCGAUCGAUUCAAACACCUCAGGAAUUGCUUCUUCUUCACCGGAUUACAGAGGCGAAUGGGAAUCCUGUGCAGCGAUUAGAGUAUCUCCGUGACCCCUCGCUUGGCCCCGAUUCAUUGGUCGCAAAAGGCGAAUGGCAGCUGUGGAGAUUCAAGCUAAAGCUGUUGGAAGAGGCUUACUUAUGGAAAGAGCUCUUCAACACUACCAGAGAGCUACUCAAACGGGGCCGUACCAAAGAUGAGUCUGGUCAACUAGUAGAGACUAGAAUGUGUGACUGGCUUGUUUGGGAAGGAUUUAUACGUUCAUGGAGGAACCUGGAUGGCCAUGAAUACAAGGACGCCGUAGUAGCUGAAGUGCAAGCUCACCUAGAUCCUGCAUGUGGGAUCGACAAAGCCUGGAAAAGAAAUGCCUCCUUAGCCUGGGUCAAAAGCUCCUUCGCGGAUUCCACCCCCUUCUAUCUAGGCAAGGGCCCUGAUAAGGUCUCUGGUCACGAUAGAAUACCUAUCCUCCUCCAAUAUCUACACCAGUAUGGAACUGCAACCACAGCGUACAAUGAUCUCAGGCCUUUUGUUCAACAAAUGAAACCUGAAGAGUGUAGGCAAUUGCUCGCAGUCCUGUCUAGUCAUAAAGUCUUUGGGGACCCGGGCCAUUCGAAAUACGACCUGUCACAAGCACGUGAAGAUUCAAAAUCUGAUUAUGAAGGCUUCAAGACAGCAAGCAAACUCACUGAGCACAUAAACGUGUACAAGCUGAAGUACUUUAUUACAAGCAGGCUCCCAGAGGGGGAGAAUGAGCCUACUUGCAACUAUUGUUUCGAAGCUCAAUCUCAAUACUGUGCUUCCUGUCUCAAAACGCUUGCACAUGAUGCUGCAAAGUUAUACCUAUGUGCUGUUGACGGAGGUAGAUCUGAAUGGAAUCUACUCCCAACAGAUAGGCAUCCAGCGGAUGAUCUCGCCGUGCUAGCCGCCAUGUGUUUCAUAAAACUUUCCAAAACGGGCAUUGAAAGUUCUGAUGAGCCUCUCACGAGCGUUGAGACGUCCUACAUCUUGCAAGCCAUAGCAUUACUCGAGCAUGCGGCUAGCCACUCUCAAUCCAACUUCCAGAUUUGGCUACUUCUUACACGAUUGUACAUCCGCCUCGGCUGUGGAUCGAUGGCCAUGCGUGCGUACGAAAAUCUUGCGCUCAAGCAAAUUCAACUAGAUACGUUAUCCUACAGUCUUUUCGAUAGAAUAUCAUCAUUCCACCCACACCCUUUCGGCCACGUCCUGGACGAUUCUACAUCAUUUAAGACCCCUAUUGAAAGUCUUCGAAAACAACAAAAGCUCUAUCGCGGGGCUCGAAGCCAUAUCAGUCACAACAGUUGGCUAUCUUUCAAACACGGCAGCUAUAACACCGUCUUUGAGCUUCAAGAGGUAUCGCAGACGCUGUCAUGUUCGCUCUCCUCGGUUAUGUCUGUUAUUGAGAAUAGAAAGAUCUCCCGGCUAGUACCCUCUAGUGCUUCAGAAGACUCCAAUAAUGGCGGUUACGAUAUCCUUCCACCCAAUGCUGAGUCUUUAGAGACUCGGUAUGCGGAUACAAAUGACUACGCCACUUUCCCAAGCUUUGAAACCACACGGGGACCAUCAUUUGAAGAGUUAUGUCGGGUGUUUCCAGCACCUUCCGAUUAUCGAUAUCGAAACGACCUCGCUACGGAGAAAUUGAUACAGCUCGUAGAUCCAAGCGUUGCUAUAGCUGGGGCCAAUGACGCUGUUGCAUCAGAUAUUCGUUCGUAUAUCGAAUCAAACUCAAACCUGCCUGAGAUGGAUGAUUCCGAGAAAUAUCUCACCCCGGCCGAGAACUUGGCCAGCACAGCCUACAUAUCACUACUUCUCAUCGUGUCUGAAUCUUGCAACCCAGAGCUUUGGCAAGAACCCCAAUUCCAAGCUCAAUUGGACUCCUACAACAAAGAUCUCUGCGAGAGUCUCGAAGGGCAAAUACAGCUUAUUGAAAACGCUAAAGAUUUAAUCCCAGCCUUCGCGAAGACCUUAAAUCUCCUGUACACAGCUUACCAAGUCGGCCGAACUGCCUUUUAUUCUAGCAAGUAUCUCUCAAGCAGGGGCAAGGAGGCUCAUGCGAGUCAACUCGAAGCUAAUAAGGAAACCCUUGACCUUGCGAAACGGCUCAUGCAGAUCGUGGCAGACAGGUCUGUCGUCGUCAAAAAGGGCUUAGAUGAGGGAGGAUGGAUUGACAAGGUGUUGGAUAGUGUUCUACAAGUACCAGGCUCUGAAGGGGAAACAGAGUCGGUAUUAGGGAGCUUGAAGGAUUUGAUGGAUGCAGGGCGUUUGGAAGUGUGGGCGGGAGAUGUUGUGGAGAGCUGGCGGGAUUCUGUCGUGGGACUCUCCUAUCUGAAGGCGCUUGCAUCGUAG